CACAUGUGUGUUCCUGUUGAGCCGCAUGCCGCCGCCUCCCUCCCUCAGUUAGCUGCUGCGGACACGGAACAAGGAAGUUAAACACCUGCAGCAGCAACAUUCGCUUUUCUGUCCGUCCAGCUUCCGCUCAGCACGUUUUCUCCUAGAGUCCAGGAGCUCUUUUCUUUGAAGGCACAUGAUGGCAAACGAGGAGGAAGGAGUUCCUGCGGAGAAGCAGCAGAGUCCGCUCAGCUCCCCCUCCAGCGGACCAGAGGUCUCUGAGCAGGCCGCUGGCGGCGCUGAGGGCUCCGGGGAGCAGAAGACUGAUCCCGGGGCGGCCCGCUCCCAGCUCAGCGGCCUCUCCGCGGAUUCCUGCCUGCAGCACUUCAAAAUCAGGAAGUUCUUUGUUUUGAGGCCUGGCACUCUCAAUCAGGCCAUCAAAGACGUGGAAGCCCUGGUGAAUAAGGAGGAAGACGGCAGCGUUCACGGCAUCUGGCUGAUGGCAGAGGUUGAUCACUGGAACAAUGAAAAGGAGCGCAUUGUUCUCAUCACAGACAACACUCUUCUGAUCUUCAAGUACGACUUCGUCCUGCUCUGCUGUGAGCAGAUCCAGAAGAUCCAGCUGAACUACAUAGACCGAAUCUGUCAUGGUUCCUUCAGUUUCCCAAAGCACUCGCUGCUCAAGAGAGACGGGGAGGGGGUGCGCAUCUUCUGGGACCGGCUGAGGGAACCCUCCUUUACCUCCAAAUGGAACCCCUUUGCCAAUGACUUCCCCUUCUCCACAUUCACCCACCAUCCUGUGAGGAACAUCAAUGACACCUUUGCUGCUCUCUGUGACAUCCAGACGUUUUCUGAGAAGCUCAGGGAUGCGGCGGAGAAAGCCCACAUCAGAAAGCCCAUUCCUGGGAAGGCCAACGGAGUCCUGGUCCUUCAGCAACCAAUCUACAUCGAGGCAUACGUGGGCGCCAUGGCCUUCCUUGGAAACCAGAACAAACUGGGCUAUUGCAUGGCCCGAGGAAACCUUGGAUUUUAAACAUUGGAGCUUUUCAUGCUUUUCAUGUUUCAAUGUUUUCUCCAAUUUUAAAAUCUUAAACCUGCUUUAAAUUGUCCAACAGGAAGUUAAUAGAAACCUCACAAUAUGCCACUAGGGAUUCUUAUGCUUUUGUUUUACUGAAUGUAUAGUUCCCACCGCUCUUUGCUGGUGUGUGGUACUCAGAAAUAUCCAGAUUUCGGUACGGUUCUUCUAUGGGUAACAGAUCCGCCGCUGCUUCCAAGCAGCACUUUUUUCCCCGUUGCUCCUCAGUGAUAUGGUAAUUCAACUCUUUCGCAACGAGACUCUUUUCUUCCUCCCCCGGUAUUUAUGUUAGGAGCUCAUUCCCCAUUCCAUUCCACCCCUUAGAGAUCCACUGGAGCAUAGGGGCUCAUUUGUCAGCUUAGUUUUUAUCAUUUUCAGUGUAUUUGUACAGUUCAUACAGUUGAGGAAUUUUCCCUUGAUUUUUGUGUUUGAAGCUUUGUUGCCUUGUCUCAUCAGCCUGAUAAGAAAUGGUUUCCCUACUUUUUGGUUCUUUUCAGCAAUGAGCACCAUGCUGCUUUUUUAAGUUAGACGUUUUUCUUCUUUGGUUAUGAUUGGUUAACACCUAGUUUACCUUAAUAUUAAAACAUGCAUUUACUGAUGUCUAUAAUAGGAGAACAGCUGGUAAAAUCUCUUUACAAGGUAGCCAAAUGAUUGAUGUGGUGUUUAUAAAGAAUUCAGAAAAUACAAGAUGAAAUCUGAUCUAAUUACUAUUUUAUGAUCUAUAACAUAGGGCCAGGCCAAAUCAUUGCGUUGUGUAUAUAUAUUUUUGAUGGUUUUUAUGAAGUUCAAUGACACAUGAUUUUCUGCAUUGCAACAGAAUGUAAACGUUGGAAGUAAAGUAAUCCAAGCUGCGGCUGGGAAUAUAUCUGAUUAAAUUAUUUUACAGCAA